AUGGGUGUCCAGAAGCGCACCAGGAAGUUUGCCCAGGUCAAGCGCAUCAUUGGCCAGCGCGACGCCCGCCUCAAGAAGAACCAGCUCGCCGCCGAUGCCGACCAGGCAAAGCAGAAGGCCGACUCUGUCGUGCGCGAGGUGCCCCAGGUCUCGUCGUCUUUGUUCUUCCAGUACAACACCGCCUUGGUGCCGCCGUACUCGGUCCUCGUCGAUACCAACUUCCUCUCUCACACCGUCCAACGCAAGCUCGAGCUGCUCCCCAGCAUGAUGGACUGCCUCUUCGCGAAAUGCUGCCCGGUGAUAACUAGCUGUGUCAUGGCCGAAUUAGAGAAGUUGGGCCCCAAGUACCGCAUUGCGCUCAGGAUAGCUCGCGAUGAGCGGUGGGAGCGCCUCGAAUGCGACCACAAGGGGGUCUACGCCGAUGACUGCAUCGUCGACAGAGUGCAGAAGCACAAGGUCUACAUUGUGGCCUCGAAUGACCGCGAUUUGAAGCGCAGAAUACGCAAGAUUCCCGGUGUGCCCAUCAUGUCAGUAGCCCGGGGAAAGUACGUGAUCGAAAGAUUGCCAGAUGCACCGGAGAAAUAA